AGAAAUGAGGGGUUUUUUUACCUGUCCACAAAAAGUGACCUUGAGGAGGAGUUGGAUUUGUGUUGUGUAGCGUAAUGGAUGUGGUUUUAAAGCUGGGGCUGCUGGUGGGUUAUUUCGCCCAAGUGUGGUGCAACGAUUUUUUAACAACCAAUUUUUUUGAAAAUUUACAAGGACACCCUUUAAUAGCUGGGAAGGGUCUAGACGUUGGUUCUAAACACUUUAUUGAAGCGCAAAUCGCCAACUACGUUGACCUGGUGACAGGGGGAAAACCACCCUCCCUUAAGAAAAAACGCAGUUUAUUGGAUAAAUUUACAAAAAGCGACAACGGAAUUCAUUUAUUAAAUGGGGUGAAACCAACAGCUACCAUCCCCGUCCGGUUCCCCGAAGACAUCCAACUAUUCACCCAGAAGUCCCACAACUUCGCCGCCGCCUUAGAAAGCCCAAGUGUCAAACAAAGCGCCAAUUAUUUAGUGGUAUUUACAAACAACAACAAUACUUUCACCGAAAGCGCUAGGACUCGGGUGGUGAAUGGUACCAAGCUUGCUGUUAUCAACCUCGACAACUCGACUUUAAUAGCGGUGGCGGAAAAUGGUGCCCGGAAACAUAAUUUUCACGAGAAGUCGGGUAUUUAUCAGUUUAGUGGUGACGGACUUGUUAAAAUCCAGUCACUUGAUAUGCAUUACGCCCGCGAUGUGCUUUUUUGGAAAGUGCACGACGAGAUUUACCUGGGUGUAGCUCAGUUUACGUCGGAUCGGAGUGGCCUUGAAGUCCCGAUUUACAAGUGGUUGGGGAAACAUUUCGAUUUGGUGCAACGACUCGGGGCCACAGGGGCCCGAAAAAUCACCCACUUUGUCAUAGAUGGUGCGAGUUUUCUAGCAGUGGCUAAUUUUAAAAACAUCGAAAACAAAACACGAAUUUAUUCCGACAUAUAUAAAUAUGAAUAUCACGUGGAAAAGUAUGAGUUGUACCAGAGAAUUCUAACACAGGCUUGCAGCGAUAUUCAAGUUUUCUCUUUUCGUAGUGACAGGAAAAAAGACACGUUUUUGGUGGUUGCCAAUUCUUAUGAUUUUGAUUCGGAUGGCGAUAUAAAUUAUGACACGGAUUCGAUAGUGUAUAAAUUCAUCGAUGGCUAUUUUAUCCCGUUUCAAAGUAUCCGAGUGGCUGCAGUGCAACAGUGGAUACCAGUCGAAGUAGAAAAUGAAUUUCGGGAUUCACACGAUUUCGUCCUUUUCGCGUCCUCGCGCUUCGAAGGACUCAAAGCUUACCAAUAUGAUGGUUGGUCGUUCAUGGAAGUUCCUCAAAAGUUGCCCGAGAUUCUCACGAAAACGGGGAUAAAGGCUGUCGUUUUUGGAAACAAUUCAAUCGUGGUGGCCAACAAAAACAACCCCGGCAAAACCCCGAACGUCUUCAGCUUACAAUUCAAGCACGAACAACGCGUCGACGCCAUUUUCGCCGACAUGACGCACUGGUGCGACCAACGCUUAAAAAAAGUCGAGGAACUAACCACCGACGAAAUUUUCGACGCAGUGGUCGGCAAAACCGAGCGAGGCGACAUCGAAGAAACCGAAGACAAAGAAAUCCAGUCCAGAAUCGACAUCUUAACCCUCACCCUCGACGAAUUAAUCGCCAACGCUCAAAACCUCGCCGCAGACGAAAUUAUUUUCAACAACGCCACCUUCAUCGACAAUUUGAACACCACAACGAUAAACAACUUCGACACAGAAAAUUUACUAGAAAACGUGCUAGAUACACAAGAUGGGUUUGAAAUAGAAGAAGCGACAAUAGAGUCCAUGGAGGUUGACAAUUUGCGCACGCCGAAAAAGAUCAACGGGCGCGAUGUCAAAACGCUGCUGCGAGCGUCAGACGAUUUGACGCUGGACUCGUUGACAGUCGGGGGCACUUUGACAAUUCCGGAGGGUGUCAACGUCAAUGGGACCGUCAACGGAGUGUCAAUUACACCGCGAAAGCUUCUCCUACGACGGGGUGACCAGGAAUUUUCGUAUCCGCUGCGAAUCGACGCAGCUAAAGUUGACAACUUAGCCACAAAAUUAUUAAACGGUGAAAACUUGACAAGACUCGAAUUGUCAAACACCACACUUCAAAUUGACUACGUUUCUAACUUAACAGUGGCUAAUUUGUCCCUCGGUGGCUACGUUAACGACGUGCACACCCCCACUCUUCAAAAAUACGCGUUGACGAAAACCGGAAACCAAGAGGUCAAAUUUUUCGUCUUUGACACCCUCCAUGGUGACAAUCUCGACGUUGUUGGCUACAUUUCGGGAAAAAAAUUGUCAGAUUUGAUACCCACACACGGGGUCAACGUGUCCAUCAACCAAGACCUCAUUUUCAACCACCUCUUCAUCAACGAGCUCGAAAUUCGGGACUCGUUGAACGGAAUAUCAGUCAAAGACGGACGCUUGGACGUUCUGCUUAAAAACCACUCCCUCGAACAGGAAAUCACCGGCGAUAAAACGUUCGAUGACGUUAUCAUCAACGAAGCGAUUUGGCUCCAAGGACACAUCAACAGCAAAAAUUUGGAAAAAAUGAACCCCGUGGUGGCUAUCAACGACAACGUUUUUUUGGAAGGGGACAAAGUCGUGACCGGGUUGGUCGAAGUUGAGGGUGUGGUUCAAGUCAACGACGUAUUGACAACUGAUGGUACUUACUCGUUUACAAAAGUGGAAUCUGAAGGUCUCCGAUUGACAACGAAGGAAGUCAAGCCGCACUUGUACUUUCUGCAACAGUUGAGCGUUGAUCAGGUUGUCGUUGACACGAUCAACAACCACAGUCCGCGCGAUUUCGUCGUUACGGGGACUGAAGAGCCACAAAUAAUCCACAGUGUCAAAGUUUUUUUGGGAGAUUUGACAACAACGGGGGAGACGAACGCACUAAAGAUCAACGAUGUGGAAGUUGAAGAGUUGGAAAACGACGUUUUAAAAAUGGGAGGAGAUCAAGUAAUCGUCGGUAAACACCAUAUCAGACACUUGGUAGCUGAUAAGGUUUUGAGCAACGUCACCACUUUUGAUAAAAACUUAACAAUCGAGGCGUCUGCAGACAAUUUGACUAUCAACGACAACUUUAAAGCGGGUGUUGUCAAAGCAAAAACACUAUCAAUCAAGGGGUUAGUCAACGACUUAGCGUUCAAUCAAAUCGUUGACGAUACGGUAACUAAAGACACAAAUCGUGUCAUUGGUGGCCACAAGCACUUCAACAACCUCACCACUAACACCGUCACAGUCGAAAAUCGCGUCUAUAUUGAUCAAAUCCCUGACAAAAUAGACGAACUAAGAUUAGACGGUCCACUAAACAUUAAAAACAUAAAAAUCGACAAUCUCUACUUUGACAAAAAAUGCAACCAAGUCGAUAAAGUCGACUUCGAUGGGUUCGAUGGUAGCACCAAUGGUACCAUAGUCACCCGUGACCAAAACCUCGACACUGUCACCAUCUACGGCCACACUUUUAUCAAAUCUAAUAAAAUCGGUAACACCAGAAUCGACGAUUUGGUCGACAAUAGUGUCAAACUAGACGAACCACACGAAUUCAAUUUCGCCAAUUUCGAGUCUGGUGUCAUUUCCAAAAACUUUGUCAAGCUCGACGGCCACGUUGAAAAUUUUGACUUCGACAACGUCAUUUUUUCCGAUCAACCAGAUUCCGUAAUUUUUGACGACAAAACCUUCGACAAUUUGACGGUCAACGGAAAUGUCAAUUGUCAAGCGUCUGUCAACGGUGUCAAUUUGACGCAGUUUUGUCUGUUCGCGAUGGGUCAAACCGAAAACAAAAGUCUGGCGAUUUUGGGUAACGCAUUUUUUGCCAAAGGGCCUAAACUUGGUCACUUAAACGGCGCCGAUGUCAAAACAAUCAAACAGGAGGCGUGGUUUACCGAUCAAGACACCACUUUGAUUGGUUCGGUUGACUUUGACGACGUCAUUUUCAAAAACGAUAUCAACGUUGACGGUUUCGUCGACAAUAUUAGUCUGAGUCUUCUCCACCAAAACUACUUGAGUAAAACCAAACCACAAAACAUCACCGCGCUGUUCUCUUUCGAAAGCGAGCUCGUUUUUGAAAGUGACGUCACCGUUCCGAAUAUCACUAUCACCAGUGGCGUGGUCAACGGGGUUAAUUUGGACGAAUUCGUCCGAACGGCGCUACUAGACGACAGCGACCAAGUUUUCGAAACUCCGGUGUUUUUCGAAAAUUGCCUCGUCCUAAACUUGACUGGAGAGUUCACCGUCAACGGGUUACGACUAGAUAAGGACGUUAUGCUCUCGAACAAGGUCAAUAUGGUCACGGGGACUAAAAUUUUCAAAAAUUUGAACACGGAUUCGUUGAAAUUGGACCGAAAUAUUAAAAUUCAGGGUGUCGAUGUUCUGGAUUGGUUCAAGAAUUCGGUGCUUACGACGACGAGUUUCAACAUUACCGGGUUCAAGAGUUUCAAGAAUGCGGUUUUCCGGAAUGGACUCCAGGUUGGGGGCACGAUGAACGGGCUAAUUUUUGAUGUAGACAAUAUUAUGGUCAAAGAUAGCCCUCAAGUAAUCACGGGGCUCAAAAGUGUACGCGCCGACCCUGUACACCCAGUUGUUUUCAAAGGGAUUAAACUUAAAGGCUCCCUGAACCAGGUCGACGUUAAUGACUUAGUAAACAACCAGGCGUAUAAAAACCAAGCCAACGUAUUUAAAACAAGCAUGAACCUGUAUAACAACGUCACUACCAACAACCUGGUGAUCAAAAAAACCUACCAAGGUGUGAACAUGUCGGAAUUAAUCGCGAACGUCACGAAUUUGGGUGUCCUAAACAACCUAUUAAACGAGUAUGAGAAGCUUCUGGAUAUAUCGUACAAACUCAAGGAGUCCAUAGAAGAUCAGGCUUUUUUCCUCCACCAGUAUAAAAUCGUCCAAACUAUGAAAUCAGUGACCAAUAGUCACAAAAUCACGUGUCCAGAUGGCGCCACUAGACUGGGGAUUUUGGUGACCCACGACUCUGCCACCAAAAUGGAUUUGUACGAAUGGCACGAAGAAGAGGAACAAUUUUUGAUAAAUGCAACAAUCCAUUUCGGAAAACACCCAGACUACGUUGAUCAAGUUUUACAAGGUCGCUAUCUUUACACUGAAGAAAAUGAAGGCAAGGGCCACUUCACCCAUAUGUCAAACCCCUCCAUACCCCCGCUCACCAUUCAUACCAACUUAACCACCCACACCACUUCGUUCACCCUUCCAACCGACGAACCCUGCACUUUAUUUAUAUACAUGAAUAGCCCCCCUCGCAUUUUCUGUGAAACGAAAAACCAAAUCGAGUUGCGCCAGAUCCUUCCGCUCGUCGCAUACAAGGCGACAUCACUCACCAUCCGUGGCGCCCUCUACCUAGUCAUCAUCACCCAGCCGGAUACCGCCACCGAGGCACGCACCGACAUCUGGCGCUUCCACAACUCGCACUUUUCCCUCCACCAAUCCGUGUUCGAGGCGCACCCCCAGAGCGUCUCCGCCGUCACCCACCACGGGUUCCAUUACCUCGCCGUCGCCUCGGGGCACGUCCCCAGCGCCAUGUACUCCGGGCGAGUCGAAAUUCUGCGCUUUAACGAAGACACGCUUCACUUCGCCCCGUGGCAGAGCCUCGAGCUCGACGCCCCCACGCAGGUGGAGUUUUCAGUGUUGCCAACGCAAGAGUUGGUGCUGUUCGUCGUGACCGAUAGCCCCACCGAGCCGCUGCUGGUUUUUCGUUACGAGGGGGUUGCCGGGUUCCGGUUAAAGAUUACAGGGUCGGCUCUGCCGCACGUGGCGUACGUGAACCAGUUUGUGGGCGAGGCUGGACAUUUCCUUGCGGCGCAGGGUUAUGAUGAAAUGAGUGUUAUGAGAGCGAUUUUUAAAGGUGAUGAAAUUCGAAAGGGGAUUUAAUAAUGCGAGUCAUUGUGUGUUUGUAUUGUAUUUGGAGUGAUUGUUGUUAUAUUCAGAGAUGGAUUAAACUGGAUUUUUCCGA